CGUCGCACCUGGGGUCCUUUACGCCCACUGUUUACUGGCUCGACAGGUUUCUGGCGCUGCCGACACGUGCAGCUCGCCCAGAGCGCUUGGUUGUUGCUGCAUUUACUCAGCUGGCAGGCUGCACUCGCAAGCGCGCGUGCAGCAUAGCUGCCCGGCAGCCUUGCGCUCGCUGGCAGGCUAUAAAACAAGCUAUCAGACGCAAUGCGACGCGCACUCUGCCUCGCAUAUGCGGCAACAGUCGCCUCGGCUCUCCCGCGGCCGCGGCGAGCCACGACGCUCCACGCGCUGCGAGUCCGGGGCGGCGGCCCCGUCGACGGCGCGCUCGAGAAGGUAAGAGACCUCACGACGACGCCGGCCGGGUCCGUCGCCUUCGUAUCCAUAUAUAUGACGAUGGAGCUCUGCGGCAUCCCCUCCGUGCCGCUCGCCGCCGCCGCGGGGGUGGCCUACCCCACGAAGGUCGCGCUCGCCGUCGUGCUCGCGAGUUCUGUCACUGCGGCGUGCGUGGCGUACUACGUCGGACGGACGCGGCUGCGGCCGCGCCUCGAUAAGCGCAUCUCAAAUGAUAGGCGCCUGCGCGCCGUCGCCGCGGCGGUCCGCGACGAGGGCUUCGCUAUAUUAUUAUUGUUGAGGAUGGUGCCCAUGCCGCCGGCGAUCAACUAUUUAUAUGGAGCGAUGGCGCCGAAGUUCCCGGCCUAUUUCUUCAGUACUCUACUGGGCUACCUGCCGGGCACGGUCGGCACGGUCCUCGCGGCGAAGGGCGCGACGGUCGCGCUGCCGCGGUGGUGCUACGUCGCCGGAGGGCUCGGCGUGCUCGCCUUGGUAGGAACGACGGUCGCGACGGGCCGGCGGGUCUCGCGCCAGCUCGACGCGUACGAGAGGCGCGUUUAGUAACUAGUUUUUGGUUUACAACACAACAGAAUUCAUUGCGGCGAUGGCUUGCAGCUGCCCUAGACGCCAUCGCUGCCGGGGAUGGCGCGUCGGUGGCGUGAACACACACCGC